UGCAUUCUCGAGGCUUCUCUUUAACCUUUGUUUUCUUUAUUAUUUCUGGGUUUUCAUUUCCUUUUGCAGUUCAACUUUACCUUGGAAGUUUAUUAUUAUUAUUAUUAUUAUUAUUAUUAUUAUUAUUAUUAUUAUUAUUAUUAUUAUUAUUAUCUUCCUCUGCUUCUUCAAACUUUUCUUUAUUUAACAAGUUAUUUUUUUUUUUCAUCUGGGUUUCUUUUUCAACAGUUCAUUAAAAGGGGGAAAAAAUGAAUAACCCGAUGAUCAAGUCAUUUUGUUUUGUUUUUUCAAAACGAUUUUUUAUUUUUUUUCCUCAAUUUUCUUAUGAGUAAUAAUAUUGAAAUGAUCUUUCCCGGAUUCAUAUCCAUUUUCCCAUACGUAUUGCGUGCAUUUUGAUAUAUAUAUAUAUAUAUAAAUAUAUAUAUAUAUAUGUGUGUGUGUGUGUGUGUAUACACGCAUUAGUAUUAGUGUUGUUUUACCUGACCAUUCAUUAAUGCAGUAAUAAUGAAACAAAAAUCUCAUUUUUAUUAUCUUGAUGGGCCGUCCUGAUCUUUGAUACAUAAAGGGAGCAAGCUCUGGUUCCGAAGAGGUUAUUUCCUUUUUGGGUUUGUUAUAGUUCUUGAGAUAAUGCUGAGGAAGAGAAGCAGGUCAAUUCAGAAGGAUCAACACCAAAUGGGUCCUCAACCAGUUUCUGAUUCUGGUUCUGACUCCUUUCCCAAAACUGACAUUUGGAAUAAUAUGAAAAGCAACUCUUUUUAUAGUGUUCCUGGUCUGCUUGUGGGUUUAAGCCCCAAGGUUUUAGCAGAUAGUGAUUCAGUCAGGAGUCCAACUUCUCCUCUAGAUUUUAGGCUGCUUUCAAGUCUAGGUAACCCAUUUAGGUCAAUUAAAUCGUCUCAAGAUGGCCAACAUAGAAACUGGGGAGGCACUAACCAUAAAGUAGGCCUAAGCAUUGUAGAUUCUCUUGCUGAUGAUAUGAAAAAUCCCGGUAAAGUUAUCCGGUCAUCUGAGAGUAAGAACAUUCUUUUUGGACCAAAAUUGAGAAUCAAAACCCCAAAUGGUCAAACAAAUACCAAUUAUUUCGAGUCACCAAAGUCUCUGCCUAAAAACUAUCCAAGUUUCCAUCGUUCAAAAACCAAGUCUCCUCUCCAGAAGGGCAGCUCUAAUGUUCUUUUUGAAAUUGGGGAUAGCCCUUUAGAGCCUGACCCAUUUGGAAAAAUACGGUCUUGUUCACUAGAUUCCUGUAGGACAAUUUCCAAUCACCCUUCCUUGAACAAGUCUAACAAGCCCAAUUCUACCUCUUUGAAAUUUUGUUUGGAGAGAGAUGUUACCAAGGGAGUUGGUUCUUCCCAGUUUGUUGAAGGAAGUCCUAAGUCAAACCUAUUUCCUGGCUCAAAGCUGAGUACAAUCCCUGGAUCCAUAGGUUCUGGCAAUGAGUUUGGCUCUCUUUCAGCCAGUGAAAUUGAGCUUUCUGAGGAUUACACGUGUGUAAUCACACAUGGUCCCAACCCCAAGACAACUAGGAUAUAUGGUGAUUGCAUUUUGGAAGCUCAUUCUAAUGACUUGAGUAACUCUGUUAUGAAAGAGUAUAACAAGGAUAUUGGACUCCGUGAGCUCAUAAAAGCUCCUAAGAUAUCUGUUCCUCUCCCAUCUGAUAACUUUUUGAGCAUUUGUAACCAUUGCAAGAAGAAAUUGGCAGCAGACAAGGACAUCUACAUAUACAGGGGUGAGAAAGCGUUCUGCAGUUUGGAAUGCCGUUCAUUGGAGAUUUUGAUUGACGAGGAAUUGGAAAAAUCCAAUAAUAAAAACUCUGAGAACCCAUAUGAUUAUGGUGGCAAGGAGCUUUUUUGAAACAAGCCUCAUUGAUGCUUCAUAAAGACUUUUUAUUUCUUUAAUUAGCCUUCCAAGCCUCUGAUUGAUAAACAAUUGACAGGAAAAAACCAAAGGAUAGACGUCACUGAUCAUCUGUCUAUAUAGGAGCUGUUUAUGUGCAUCUUUUGGCAGCCAUAGAUGAUCGUUUUUGUACAUUGUUGCGUUUACUAAUUACGUUUCAGCUCCAUGGUCAUGGUCUUUGUGGGUGAUGGGUUGAAUUCAGCUACGCUCUUUUUUCUUUUCUUUUUAAUUAGACAUUUCAUAUGUUAGUUAAGGUAUCAUUUCCCUAUAUUGCUUUCUCUGUAUAAGGGUAAAAAGGCCUAGUUUUUUGGCUUUCCCACCUUUUAUUUUAAUAUUACGCUUUUGAUCUAUUACAGGCUCUACCAUGUAAACCUGACCAUGUAUUAAGAAGUACUAUUGCAUAUUUGAUGAAAAGGAAAACAAAAAAGAUUAUAGUAUACUA